CACGUUCAUUUGCUCUCUGGCUUGCGCGCGCGAAGUUGUUUGACACAUUUGCACGUGGCUCGCGGUCGGAAGCGAUUUUGACCGUUGAAGCGGCGGGAACCUCGUGGAUUACACCAAAAGCUGCGGCUCUCGCUGGCCCCUACUGCUUCACUGGACCAGUUCUUGGCGCUGGCAUCGCGAACGGAUACCCUCGGAUUAUCAUCGGCGUGGUUCUGUUCUCGUCGCACGUGGUGGUUUGUGUUAUUUUCGCGCCUCUUCUUCACCUCCGUUGAUGUGUGACGUGUGAGCGCGGCGGCUCUCCUGAGGAUGGUGCCCCACAGCUCGGGUAGCGUGGACGCGGAUAACACGAUGGAGCAGCAGCAGCAGAAGAGACGCAGUGCGCAGCCUUUCGGCUCGCUCAAGGUGGACGUCAAUUCACCGACGCCGUAUACGGAUGCGACCCAGUGCAAGAAGGUGACGAAUCACAUCAAGAGGCCCAUGAACGCGUUCAUGGUGUGGAGCCAAAUCGAGCGGCGCAAGAUAUGCGAGCAGCAACCCGACAUGCAUAACGCCGAGAUCAGUAAGCGGCUCGGAAUGCGCUGGAAGAUGCUGACCGAUCAGGAACGCAAGCCGUACAUCGAGGAGGCCGAUCGGCUGCGGCUGCUGCACAUGCAGGAGUACCCGGACUACAAGUAUCGGCCGCGCAAGAAGGUCAAGGCUGGCGGCGCCACGACGACGGCCCCCGUCAAGCCGGCAACGGAACGCCAGGCCGCGUCCGCUCCCGCCAAGCAUUCUCACCACGCCGUGGCUAAAGUGAGCACGAUCGCGGCUGCCCAGGCCUCGGCCAAGUCUCACCACCACCACCACAAGAGCUCAUCGUCGCACCAUCACCACAGCCAUCAUCACAAGUCUUCCAGUCACCGCGAGCACCACCACCACCAUCACAAGUCCAAAAAGUCGUGCGUCCAGAUCGCGUCCGUGGCGCCCGUGAACGGCAACGGUCACCCUCGGCUGAAGCUGAAGCUCACAAUCGAUGACAAGUUUAAGAAGAGCAUCAGCCGCAGCAAACACGUCCCCAUCGCUACCGGUCAGCUGACGCCUCCGGCAAAGGUACCGUGUUCCCCAUCGGCCGAGGAACCCGCCUCACCCGAGAGCACGAACGUCUCGCUGUACGAAGACAUGGUGGUCGACGUGAAACCCUCGAUCGCCGAGCUCAUGGCUGCCACCUCGGCCGUCUCGCCCUCAAGCACUUGCUCGUCUUCGACUAUUUCGUCUUCGUCCUCAUCCUCUUCAUCGUCCUCUGCGUCGUCCGUCCAGUCCAGCCAGCUGAAUCAGCGAUUCACGGACACCUCGACGCAGCUCGCCGAUCUUGACCACAUCACGGAAGUGUUCGAUCUCGCCUCCAACUGGGGAGCUAACGAACUGAACGCGUUCGUGAUGAACACCUCACUGAGCGACAUGGACGCUAUGGAUAGUGCCAGCUCGAGUUCGGCCACGCACUUCCAGUUCCCCGACCUGACGCCCGAAGUGUCAGACAUACUCGGCGUUGGAUGGCUCGAGAACAGUCUGUCCUGCUGAAAGCGACAAGAGACAGCGACGACCCUCGUCAUCUCGAGAUAAUCCCGUAUGUGUGUCAACUCCUCACAAACUCAUCAUCCUGUAGCCUCUUAUUUUUUUUUUAUUCGCAAAUUGUGUUGCUGCCCGCCAGUUUCCGAGGUUUUUUUUUUUAUUUCCCGCGUCGUAAUCUACCAUUUCGUUCUUUCCAUCGCAAUGUAUGAAUUAGUGUCGCCCUGAAGUCCCGUCUGUGAGAAAAAAAAAUCCAUCUGAUUUUCUUCCGGGAUCUCUGCUACAGUCACUUACCAAAAAGUUGUCUCUAAAACGUCCGAUACUUUUUCAGACUUCACUGUCGCAUACUGAAACUGCUUGCACGUGGGGGGGUUCGUCCUGCUAGCUCGCACACUUAUCUACGCUCGCUGUGUGGAAAAAAAAAAAAAGCUGCUGUCGAAACACGCUUGCAGAGCACGUGUUUUCUCCCCCCUCUUUUUUUUUCUUCUCUUUUCCGCUCUUCUGUGUCUCGCUUUAAUUCCGCGUUGCCGGUAUGUCGUCAUUCGCUUUUUCCUUUCUGUUUGUAUAUUUUUGCUCGCUCCCUUUUCUUUCCUAGCGGCCGCUAUUUCCUCUACGCACUCAUACGUUUCCGGCAACCCUUCUCUCUUUUUUUAUUUCUUUCUACGUCUUUCCCUUGGCCUCAGUCCCAUUCCGUCGUUGGCGACCUCGGAAGGAGUUUUAAAACAAUAAAAAGGAAAAAAAAAUCUCAAGACUUCUCCCGUCGUAUCACCCCUUUUACCUCGAAGCGUGUUAGUUGGGCUAGAAAAGAAAAACAAAAUGAUCUCACUUCCACCACCCUACCAAACAACCAGCCUGUCCCAUUUUUUUUUCUUUCAUCUUUCUCGCGCUUCCACAUUUUUUGUGAGGUGUACGCAGCUGACUUGUAAAAGCUAGUACGCAGCAGGCGUUUGGGUUCGGCUCGUUGGGAAAAGAUCCGCAGCUGUGGUGCUUGGCUUGGGAUCGUGACGGAUUUGCCACCUGCGAAAGUGUGCAUGCCUCACUGCUACGUCACUCUUUCAAACAAACCGAAAAAGCUAACGCGUAGACUGUAACCGCCUUGCCUUUCGUUCGGAAACGCUUCGGUUCAAUUUCUGUUUCAAGAAACUCCCGCUUCCACUACGCCGCAUUUUCUGUAACAACCUUGAACAUUUGCGGCCUUUUAAUGAACAGAGCUAAGGCGCGUUUCAGGCGAGAGUUAAUAAAUACGGCGUUGUAUUUUUUGUAAGUCGUUUGUUCAACGAUGGAUGUCCACUCGAGGUGCACAAGACUAUCUUCUACACGAAGUGCUGGUCAUUUGCCAAGUUCCUUUUGGAGUUUUCAAGUUGCAGCGUACAUUUCCGGCUGUAUCUGACGCUGUUUUAUGAGUUGAAAUGUCUCGAAAGUUCUUUAUAGAGUAAGUGGUUACAGCUUUAGGGGUUAACCUGUUGUGUGUAGAUAGAUCUAAGUUUCCUCGGAGAAAGUUUGCUGGCGCUGGGAGAAAAAUACGGAGUUCGUUGAUUCCGUAGCACGUUUUGCUGAGUCAGUUGUGUAUAUCGAAGACGAAUACGCAGCGGAGAACGUGUUUCGAAAUAUAGCUUUCUUUUUUGAAUGUCUUUGACUCGCUUGAGUUUCUCCCGUACUCCAUCGACGCGACCACGUGGCUGGACCAAAAGAAAAUCUCGCUGCGUCAUUUCUGACGUUGAAAGCUAUAACAAAUGUCCGUCGGUACGUAAAAUGCGUAGACGUGUGCUGCUUCCGACAGGUAGUUUAAAAAGUGUCCUUGGCUAUAUUAAAAAAAAAAAAACUUAAGCAUUCCGAAAGCAAUUACGAUCUAUUUCCUUAACAGCUUUUGUUUGUUCUACUGCCAGAGUUUUCGUUCGACAUUUGGUUCUUUUCGAGUGACCUUUUUUUUUUCAUCGCGUGUACGUGUUUGAUCAAGUGAUAGUCCCGUCCUCAUACACCAAUUGCACCCAUUAGUCGUCGCGGUGCUUGUUGGGAUAUCUCAUUGGAGCGUGGACGCACGGUUCUUUUUUUUUUUUUUUUUUUUGCUGGCUGGGCGAGUGUACUUUGCGUUAUUUAGUUUUGUACCAGGCUAGAUUUUUUUUUUUUCGCGUAUCGCACGUGUGAAUACCGUUGGGUGUGCGAGUACUUAUUGAUGGGCAUUAGUAUUUUCCCAACUUAAUCAGCGAUCAUUUUUGUUUUUCGUAAUUGAUAGCUGGAGCGAUGUUUCUUUUUUUAGUUUUAUUUCGCUGUGUUACAUGAUUCCUAUGACGUGAGUGGUUUAGAGCAACUAUUUCGAGCAAGCUGAUGUUUGUCUAGAUGGAACGUUUUUGUAAUCGUUGUAUCGAGUGUAAACGUUUUGUUUAACUCAUGACUUGUUUAAGCAUUUACGAAGGAAUCUUACAUUGUUUACUCCAAGAAAAAAAAAAACAUUUGUAUUAACUAAAAAAACAAAAAAGUGUUUCGCAUUGAUACGUCGGGAGAACUCCUGUAAACACUACCGACGUUUCUUUGCAGUUUCUUCUUAAAAAUAUGAAUUUAAAAGUUUAUUGUAAUUUGUGACCGUGUCCUUGCAACGAUGCUGUCAACGUGUCGUUUAAAUGGUGUCCGCGUCUAUGCUGAAGUCACGUUCGUUUAAAAAUUUUUCUCUAAACUAUCAGUAGUUAAAAGAACAAGUUGUGUAUCUCCUUAAACGUUCUUCAUUUAGUUAUGUUAACGAGUCUACUCCGUCGUUUUGUUGUUUCUGAUAUGUUUCAGUCGUUAUAUUUAAACUUCGUUUCUUUUGACGUCGAUUUGUUCUUUCUAGAUAUGGCAGAGUACUUGUCAGUCUCUUGUCGAACAAUGAUAAAUGAUAUAAAAAAAUGAUAAAAGAGAAAACGGUCUCUCUUGUUCUGUUCCUGAACUUUUCUUUUUCUGUUGCAGUUGUGAUUUUUGUUUCUCUGUGUACGAGUCAGUGUUGGUUCCCAUGCGCUCCGCGUAUGUGUUGUUGGAUUUUUUUCUUUUUUGCCUUCCAUUUUGUGCAAAGUAGCUCAUGGAAGUGUUUGUUCGGGCAAACCAAGCUUCACUUUUUUUUUUCGUGUUUUGUCGUCUGAAGUUGCACAGUGUGUUGCUUUUUUUUAUUGCCCUUGUUCUUCAAGAAGCUGUUGUGAACGUCUGUGCGCGUAUGUUCGUUCAUUCAACGUCUUUGUGCAAGUCCACAGAACAUUUUUUUCUUCUUCUAGAAGUCGGUCUCUAGGGCAAAAGUGUUGACCCUACGUUUCCCGACCUUCCACGCGUGUGUAAAUAGUAUACAUAAUAAUUAUAAAUAUAUAUUAUAAAUAUAUCUUCGCAGCGCAUAGAUGAUAUAUGAAAGUAUAUUUGUACAUUUUAAUAAGAGAGAAGAAAAAAAAGUAAAAAAAAAAAACAUGCAAGGGCAUCACGAUGCAAGUUUGUACGAUAGUGAAA